UAAGUGUCUCCUUUUAUUUUGUUGAAGCAUUCUAUCAAAAUUUAUUGUAGUUGUCAGAUGUGUUCCAUUUUAUUCCCGGCCUGUGUGAACCUUUUGCCCAACUAAGUCAGCCAAUAUGCCGACUCCCUGUGGCAAGUGCACCAGCUGCCCUUGCGGCGUUAAUGGUAGCAUAGCGCCAACAGUCCAGCCACAACAGGUUCGCGCCCAGCCACAGCAGGUUCGCUCCCCGCCACAGCAGGUGCGCUCCCCGCCACCGCCAGCGUCCCCGCCAGCUUCCCCGCUAGCCCCACAGCAGCCACGAGCGGAUCUCUCGUACCUGCAGACAACACCCCCAGUGCAGCAACAAUACCUGCCGCAGCCACAAUCUCCACCACACCAGCAACAGCAAUACGAGCAGCCACUCUUUCAAUCCACAUUACUGCCCCAGGAGUCGGUGCAGCAGGAAGAAGUGAGAUACCAACAGCCACCGCCACCUCUACCGCCCCCGCAGGCUUCCCCAAACGCGACCAGAGGAGGCAGCUGUCAGGGGCACUGCCAAAGCCACGCAAGAGAAGGAUCUGUACCGGCGCAGUGUACGAUACAGCGAUACCCCCAAGCACCAUCGUCGGUAUACCAGCCGGAUCAGUCAUCCCUGCAGGGAUACGGCCAGCCGCAGCCAGCAAGGCAAGCAUAUCCCAUGGCGCAGUCGCCACAAUACGCCGGGGGACAACAACCUCCCCAAUAUGCCCCAGGACAACAAUCGCCACAGUAUGCGGGGGGACAACAGCCGUCACAAUUUGCCACAGGACAACAAUCGUCACACAAUGCCACAGGACAACAAUCGCCACAAUAUGCCGGGGGACAAGAACCGGAUGAGUAUGCGCACGAGCAACCUCAACAGCCGCCGGCGCAGAACAAGGAAGUUGCCAGUUGUGUGGCACCAAUAACGAAGGUGCAGAGAAAAAAACCCAGCAUGAGUUGCAGUUGCGUCAAGAACAGGACGCGCAAUACAAAACUUUCGAAUGGUGCCAGAAAGACACGUCUAGGUCCUGGAGGUAUAGUGGAAGUGGAGGAAGAAGAGCCAGAUCUGCCCAUUGCGGAUACCUACACUUGCACUCGCACGAUUCGGCCUUCAGACCCUCAGGAAGUCGGCGGCCCCGCCGCACAGCAGGAACAGUUGCGCUGCAACUGCCGCGAGAAAAAGAAAGUGGCCUGCCACUGUAAGGCGCCGGUAAAGCCAGUGGCUCAGGAGAAGCCGGGCCAGCCCUCUCGUCCGCCACCCACCCAUGCUUUCGUGGGCUGCGGUCAGCCCUAUGCGGGUCCAACGACCUACGAUCGCUCGCCGCAUAACAAGUGCGGACACUGCUCCACAAAGAAGAAGUGCGUUAUUCAGUGAACAAGGCGGUCAAUGGAACACAUUUUCUAAAUUGAAAGACAACCAAAUCAGCUCUUGUCCGUCUCGGCAUUUCUUAACCUUUCAGAAAAACAAAAUGCGAACAAUAAACCAAAUUGUGUGGCAACAAAA